AGAAGAUCCAAGUUGCUGGUAAUGCCGAUCAUUAUUUUGUUUACAAUGCAGCACAUGACAGGAUCGACAGGUAGAACAAUAUUAAAAUUUUGGUGGCUGCACAACUUAUUUGUUUAGCAGUCUAUGGAAUUUUUUUUUUGUUAAAUAAUUUUUUCUUUUACAAAAAUGUCUAAUAUUCGAAGAGAAUUAAUACGAGCAGCAAUUAGUAGAGCAUUUGCAUCAAUUGAUUAUAAUGCUUACAAUAACUUUCAUGAAGAAUAUGAAUUUCGUAAACAAUUCGUUCUUGCUGAUAAUUCACUUACAGAAGAAGAAAGAACUGAAGCAAUAAGAAUAACUAAUAAAUCUUAUGACCGAGAUAAAAUUAUUUUUAAUUCAGGAACAAGGAGAAUUUGUGAGAAUUGUAACCAAAAAUGUUUAGCUACAUUAUAUUGUGAAUAUUGUGUUCGAAAUUAUUUAAAAUCUUAUUUUUCAAAUUGGACUUCUAGAAAUAAUGUUAUUGAUAAUUUAAUAAAAAAUUGUCAAAUGGAAACACUUAUACCAAAUGUAAUUAUUGAAUGGAUCCCAUAUAAUAAUCUAGAAAAUAUUAAAUAUCUAACAAAAGGUGGAUUCUCAGAGAUUUAUACAGCAAAUUGGAUUGAUGGAUAUUAUGAAGAAUGGGAUUCUAAGAGCAACAAUUAAUAAGAUUUGGAACUCUUUCCGUAAUACUUAAAGAAUUAAAAAAUGUUGAAAAUGCAAGUCAAAGUUGGUUUGAAGAGGCUAAAUCAC